AUGAGCAGUGUGCAGCUAACGCCCACUUACACGGCUACUACUGCCUCGCUCCUCUCCCCCAUGCCUGCGUGCACCACUUCUCGCACACUUACUCUCGUGGCUCUGCCAUGCUGCCAGGCCGUGUGUUGCAGCGAUAAGCUGGGCACCUCACUCAUGGACGUUGGGCACCUCACUCAUGGACGUUGGGCACCUCACUCAUGGACGUUGGGCACCUCACUCAUGGACGUUGGGCACCUCACUCGUGGACGUUGGGCACCUCACUCGUGGACGUUGGGCACCUCACUCAUGGACGUUGGGCACCUCACUCAUGGACGUUGGGCACCUCACUCAUGGACGUUGGGCACCUCACUCAUGGACGUUGGGCACCUCACUCAUGGACGUUGGGCACCUCACUCGUGGACGUUGGGCACCUCACUCGUGGACGUUGGGCACCUCACUCAUGGACGUUGGGCACCUCACUCAUGGACGUUGGGCACCUCACUCAUGGACGUUGGGCACCUCACUCAUGGACGUUGGGCACCUCACUUGUGGACGUUGGGCACCUCACUCGUGGACGUUGGGCACCUCACUCGUGGACGUUGGGCACCUCACUCAUGGACGUUGGGCACCUCACUCAUGGACGUUGGGCACCUCAUGGACGUUGGGCACCUCACUCGUGGACGUUGGGCACCUCACUCAUGGACGUUGGGCACCUCACUCGUGGACGUUGGGCACCUCACUCAUGGACGUUGGGCACCUCACUCAUGGACGUUGGGCACCUCACUCAUGGACGUUGGGCACCUCACUCAUGGACGUUGGGCACCUCACUCAUGGACGUUGGGCACCUCACUCACGGCUAGUUCAUGGACGUUGCCGUUGACGCAGGAAAGGGAGGGGUUGUGGGUGAGGGUGCACAUGGUAGGGGCGCAAUUCAGAGAACGUGGACCACACAGCUCAUCUGCCAAUGUGGCAAAGUGGUCACCCUGGCACCCGCGGUGGUGGUGGGUGUUAGUGGUCACCCUGGCACCCGCGGUGGUGCUGGUGGUGCUGCUACUUGUGCUGCUGGGAUGGGAUGGGGAUGAGGAUGGGGAUGGUCCGGAUGGGGAUAGGGAUGGGGAUGGGUAUGGGGAUGGGGAAGGGGAAGGCGGGACAAUGAUGGAGAGUGAAAGUUGCUCUAUGCACACCUUGAGGGUGAUUGAUGGAGGGGGGCAGCAGGAGGGGCUGGUGAGACAGCCAGUGCGCUGGCGCCGUGGGGGUGGGAGAGGUAGGUGGAGCAGAUUCGGUGUAGGAGACGCAGGUGCAGAGCUGUGUGGGGCAGGGGGAAAGGGGGGUGAGAGGGUAUCAGAAGGGGGAGGGGAGGGAAAGGAGGAAAAGGGACAGCGGCUUAUGGGAGGAAUGUGGUGUGGGAGGCAGUGCUGUAGGGUGCGAGCCUGUGGGCCACAAGUUUGUACAAGAGAAGCAGGUGCUGAGCUGGGGGGAAAGGGGGGGGAAGGAAGGGGACAGAGCAUUGAUGAAGCGCAGGGAGUGCACUCAGCAGCCCGCAGGGUGAGCAGUGCGCAGGUUCGCCCUGACGCCAAUCUAGGCGCCAAUGUGGAAGUUGGGAACAUCCGUGGGCAGGUGAAGGAGAACCAGGUGAAGGAGAAGCAGGUGAAGGAGAACCAGGUGAAGGAGAACCAGGUGAAGGAGAAGCAGGUGAAGGAGAACCAGGUGAAGGAGAAGCAGGUGAAGGAGAAGCAGGUGAAGGAGAAGCAGGUGAAGGAGAACCAGGUGAAGGAGAACCAGGUGAAGGAGAAGCAGGUGAAGGAGAACCAGGUGAAGGAGAACCAGGUGAAGGAGAACCAGGUGAAGGAGAACCAGGUGAAGGAGAACCAGGUGAAGGAGAGGCAGGUGAAGGAGAACCAGGUGAAGGAGAACCAGGUGAAGGAGAACCAGGUGAAGGAGAACCAGGUGAAGGAGAACCAGGUGAAGGAGAACCAGGUGAAGGAGAACCAGGUGAAGGAGAAGCAGGUGAAGGAGAACCAGGUGAAGGAGAACCAGGUGAAGGAGAAGCAGGUGAAGGAGAAGCAGGUGAAGGAGAACCAGGUGAAGGAGAACCAGGUGAAGGAGAAGCAGGUGAAGGAGAACCAGGUGAAGGAGAACCAGGUGAAGGAGAAGCAGGUGAAGGAGAACCAGGUGAAGGAGAAGCAGGUGAAGGAGAAGCAGGUGAAGGAGAAGCAGGUGAAGGAGAACCAGGUGAAGGAGAACCAGGUGAAGGAGAAGCAGGUGAAGGAGAACCAGGUGAAGGAGAACCAGGUGAAGGAGAACCAGGUGAAGGAGAACCAGGUGAAGGAGAACCAGGUGAAGGAGAAGCAGGUGAAGGAGAACCAGGUGAAGGAGAACCAGGUGAAGGAGAACCAGGUGAAGGAGAACCAGGUGAAGGAGAACCAGGUGAAGGAGAACCAGGUGAAGGAGAACCAGGUGAAGGAGAAGCAGGUGAAGGAGAACCAGGUGAAGGAGAACCAGGUGAAGGAGAAGCAGGUGAAGGAGAAGCAGGUGAAGGAGAACCAGGUGAAGGAGAACCAGGUGAAGGAGAACCAGGUGAAGGAGAACCAGGUGAAGGAGAACCAGGUGAAGGAGAACCAGGUGAAGGAGAACCAGGUGAAGGAGAACCAGGUGAAGGAGAACCAGGUGAAGGAGAACCAGGUGAAGGAGAACCAGGUGAAGGAGAACCAGGUGAAGGAGAACCAGGUGAAGGAGAAGCAGGUGAAGGAGAAGCAGGUGAAGGAGAAGCAGGUGAAGGAGAAGCAGGUGAAGGAGAAGCAGGUGAAGGAGAACCAGGUGAAGGAGAAGCAGGUGAAGGAGAACCAGGUGAAGGAGAACCAGGUGAAGGAGAACCAGGUGAAGGAGAACCAGGUGAAGGAGAACCAGGUGAAGGAGAACCAGGUGAAGGAGAACCAGGUGAAGGAGAAGCAGGUGAAGGAGAACCAGGUGAAGGAGAAGCAGGUGAAGGAGAACCAGGUGAAGGAGAACCAGGUGAAGGAGAACCAGGUGAAGGAGAACCAGGUGAAGGAGAACCAGUGA